UCUCCUCUCUCUCUCUCUCUCUCUCCGGUAGACCCAUGCGGAGCCACCCACCCCUCGCACCGGUUUCGACCAAUCCUCAAGUUUUCUGCUUUACGCCUUUACCGAUUCUAAGCAGAAUACCAAUCUGUUUAUAGAUCCCAACCUCAUCCUCGUAUGUUCUCUCUCUCUCUCUCUCACUCUCUCUCCAUGCGAUGAAUCCGAUGGGCCCAUCUUUAGAAUCAUCUUGUAGGUUUGACAAUUGGAAGAGUAUUUUCAAGGGGGCUUAUUAGACACUGAAGCACAGUAUUUGACCAAGCUUGAUGUCCAAGGAUUCUGAUCACUGGAAUACAUACAGGGGAAUGCGUGUGCGGCAAUCAUUUUUGAGGCCCUUCAUUGUCAUAAACUAGCACUGAAACAUAUUUCGUUCUAAUUCUAGUUUCCAUUUGUAAGCUGAAAAUGUUGUCUGAAGAAGUUGUGAAGGCUGUCUUUCCAUUUCUAGAAGGGACUGAUCUUGUUUCUUGUAUGGGAGUAAGUAAGCGGUGGAGAGAAAUAGCUCAAGAUGAUUAUCUGUGGAAGUGCCUAUGUGCCAAGAGGUGGCCUUCAACCUGCAAACGACCAUCACCUCCAACUGUAACUUACUACAAACUAUUCCAAACCUUCCAUAAACGCCAACAGGGUCGGACGCUUCUACCACCAAGACUUUCCUUUAAUGAAUUGGAGUUUUACAUCGACAUUUGGACAGAAGAUACGUUAAUAUUCUCAGAAGUGGUCCCAGGCCCUGUUCUUGAAAAAGGAAUCGGGGUCCCUCCGUCUGGAGUUGGGGACAUGCUUAGGUUUCAUCUAGAGAGUCCAGAAUACAAGAUGACACUACCGGUGGAGCCACGGUUCAGCAUUCCUGAGAGUCAAACAGUUAGCGUCUCUGUGCUUGUGGGACGCAAGGAUUCAGACAGAGUUGCUCGUGUUAUCGACAAGUCAAAAUUUGAUUAUGUUGAUCGUACGGCCUAUAGAGCACUUGCAUAUGACUACCUUGACUUUUCCCCUUUCUACCCGUUUGUGGCUGGUAUCCGAGCGUGGAUUUCCCUGUUGUUCAUGGAUUGUGGUAAUGAAGGGGUGAUUGAUGUCUUUGGGAUUGAAAUGGAUUUCUGUAAUAAUGCUAACUCCAAGGAAGAAGUCUUGUGGCUAUUAGAUAUGCUUGAUUGGAAAUGAAGGUUAUAAUUGAAUGUGACAUCCGGUAUAGUUGGUAUGAUUGGGAAUUGGAAUAUGGGUUGGUGUGAAUGGGAAUCAGGAUGUCUGUUGGCCGGAUGUGACUUCCUUGCGUGCAUUCAUUUUGUUCACGAUCAAGAAUAAUAAUUGAGAAUAAUUUUCAUUGUGAAAUACUGUACCAUUUCUUCUCAGGGUUGCGCUCACCGCUAGUAAUGUUGCCUGAGAAGGUUUAUCUUGACGUUUUUCAGAGACCAACUCUCAAUUUAUUCGCACUGUUAACUAUGUUGUAUGUACAGUUCACUUGUUGCUUAGCCUAUCUAUGAUGGAAAUGGGAAAGCUCUGGCUAGUUUAUUUCCUUC